AUGGCAGACCCAGUCGUAACCCUUGAAUACCGCAAGAAUGAACGCGGCCAUAUCGCCAUCAUCACUCUCAACAACGAGAAAAAAUUAAACGCGAUGAACCAGGACAAUUACUAUACGCUCUCCAAAUACUUGCGAGAGAUCGCCGACCGCCCGGACGUCUAUAUCACUGUCUUGACAGGCAAAGGUCGCUUCUUCAGCGCAGGCGCCGACGUAACCGUCCCUCGUCCCCGCAAUGCCUCCGACACGGAAGACUUCUACCGCCAGCAACUCCGCAGCCUCAUGCCCGGCAACCUGAACACGACGCAAGCCUUCUACACCCACCCCAAGAUCCUAGUCAUAGCCCUCAACGGGCCCGUGAUAGGCCUCUCAGCCGCUCUGACAGGCUUCGCGGACUUCAUCUACGCCGCUCCACACACCUACCUCUUGACCCCAUUCUCCAGCUUAGGCCUCGUAGCAGAAGGCGGCGCGAGCGUAGGCUUCGUCCAGCGAAUGGGUCUUCCCAAGGCGAACGAGGCGUUGAUCAUGAGCAAGCGCAUGACGUGCGAGGAGCUGGUGCACUGCGGGUACAUCAACAAGGUCUUUGACGUGAAGCAAGGCGAGCAUGAGAAGUUCUUGGACAUGGUGUUGAAGGAGGUCGAUGACCGGAUGGGACCGCAUCUGGUGCCGGACUCGUUGACGAAGAUUAAGGCGUUGAUUCGGAAGCCGUAUAAGGAGACGUUGGAUGCGCAGGGCGUGGCGGAGGUGUAUGGCGGGAUUGAUGUGUUUAUGAAGGGGAUCCCGCAGGAGGAGUUUAGGAAGAUUGCUAGUAAGGAGAAGAAGCAUAAGCUGUAG